AUGGGACCAAAGUUAGAUGAACUGAAGGCAGCAUUAGCGUUCUGUCCGCUUUGGAGUUUUGAAAAGCGCAAGUGGUUGGGGCUGCUACUUCUUCAAGCCAUGGGAGUCUAUUGUUUGCAUCACAAUUCAAGGAUACCCUUUCAAAGUGCAAUAAGGGUAUUCGACGAUGAAGCCAUGAGGUCGUAUCCAUGGGGUCGGACUGCAUACGAAGUUCUAAUUGACUCUAUUAAAACGUUGGCUCCAGAUGGAGGUUCAUACACAAUAAGCGGCAUGAAGGACGCGUUAUUGAUUUGGGCUUAUGAAUCCGUCACAUGCUUCAGUGAGAGUUUUGGGAGAGUGGUCAAUAACGAAGACGUUCCGCUUUUGCGAUGGGGUGGAAAGCGUACACGUGCAAGCUUUGAUAAAUUGUUGUCUGCCAAAAUCGAAAAGCAUGGCGAGGUGCGUGUGAGGAGAAUGGUUUUGAAGGACUCAAUUGAAGAGAUGUUUCCUAUUUGGCCGGGUGAAGAUGAAGACCCACAACUCGUUAGGUUGAUAACAGACAUACAUUCAGGUAGAUUUGUGAAAGGUUUGUGGGAAGUGCAGGGGAAUGCAAAGGGGAAGGGGAAUGAGAAGAAGAGAAUGAAGGGUGGAGUUUCGUCAGAAGCUGAGCCACCCACUAAGAAGUAG